AUGCCUUAUUUCAAACAGCCUAAGCACCUCCAGAGUCUGAUGCUUCUGCAAUGGCCCUUGAGCUACCUUGCCAUGUUUUGGAUCUUGCAGCCAUUUUUCAUUUACCUGCUAUUUACAUCCUUGUGGCCACUACCAGUGCUUUACUUUGUCUGGUUUUUCCUGGACUGGAAGACCCCAGAGCAAGGUGGAAGGCGUUCAGCUUGGGUAAGGAACUGGUGUGCUUGGACCCAUAUCAAGGACUAUUUCCCCAUUACGAUCCAGAAGACAAAAGAUCUGUCACCUGAGCACAACUACCUCAUGGGAGUUCACCCCCAUGGCCUUUUGACCUUUGGAGCCUUCUGCAAUUUCUGCACUGAGGCCACAGGCUUCUCGAAGAUUUUCCCAGGCAUCACUCCCCACUUAGCCACACUGUCUUGGUUCUUCAAGAUCCCAUUUGUUAGGGAGUACCUCAUGGCCAAAGGUGUAUGCUCUGUGAGUCAGCCAGCCAUUGACUACCUGCUAAGCCAUGGCACUGGCAACCUCGUGGGCAUCGUAGUAGGAGGGGUGGGAGAGGCCCUACAAAGUGUGCCCAACACCACCACCCUCAUCCUCCGGAAGCGCAAGGGAUUUGUGCGCACAGCCCUCCAGCAUGGGGCUCAUCUGGUCCCCACAUUCACUUUUGGAGAAACUGAGGUAUAUGAUCAGGUGCUAUUCCAUAAGGACAGCUGGAUGCACAAGUUCCAGAGCUGCUUCCGCAGUAUCUUUGGUUUCUAUUUUUGUGUCUUCUAUGGACGAGGUUUCUGCCAAGGCUCCACCGGGCUCCUGCCAUACUCGCUGCCUAUCGUCACUGUGGUUGGGGAGCCUCUGCCACUGCCCAAAAUAGAAAAACCAAGCCAGGAAAUGGUGGAAAAAUACCACACACUCUAUAUGGAUGCCCUGUGCAAACUGUUUGACCAGCAUAAGACCCAGUAUGGCUGUUCAGAGAACCAAAAGCUGCUUUUCCUGUGA